UGUGUCAAAUUAAAAGUCCUCUCAAAACAUUUUCGCUGUGGCUUAUUAUGCGGUUUGUCAUUGACAGUAAAACUCGUUACUUUUCCCAUAAAGUAAUACAAAAUGAAGGAGCGGUGUGAGCUGUAAACGCUAAGUCUUUCAGGAUAGCGGGGUGUCCUUGGUGUUUUUGCUUUGUUUAUGUGAAAGCGCGGAGCUGCUGCGGGGUGAAGGAUCACCCCCAGCCCUCAGUUUUCCCCAAAGCUAAAACAGCGACUCUCCUGAACGGGGACACUCGCUGGCGAAUUUCCAUUUCCAUCAGCUGAUGCAGCCAGGUAAGCUGCAGCCUGGAUGGAUGAAUGGCUGAGGCUGGAUGUAAUGCUGCUGCUGCUGGCUGCUUUCUAGUCUAGUGGAGGUGUGGGGUGGUGGGGGGAGAUUCUCGGUGUGUCUCACAUUACAUUGCUGCGCUCCCUCCAUCGCGAUCGGUCUCCUGCAGCCUGCGAGCGGAUGAAUCCCCGAGCCUGUGGUUUUGCCAUCGCCAAAAGGACUCCAUGUCUUUCUUGCCCCAGUGAGAGUGCCUCCACGGCCUCUACUUCCCCUGUGCUUGCUUCUCUGCCUCAUUUCACUCUGACCCUAUCCAAUCCCCCGCGCUGUCUGGCAGCACAUCACCCUACACUUUCCACCCCCCUCCUCCUCUUCCUUUAGAGCAUGUCUCACAUGUGCUCCUCCUCCCCCUCCUUCACUAGGACUGUUCCUGCAUCUCCCACGCUCAGGUCCAGCCCAUGGACAUAGAGGAGCGCUAUGAGGACAUCAGCCACCAGUUCCUGAGCUGUGACGGUUCUGAGUACACUCUGCAGGGCCCAGCGGGUGGCGAUGACAUCACAGGGUUGUCAGCCGAGCCGGCCCACUACCAGCUACUGUCAGAGCUGGGACGGGGCUUCAAUAAUCUGAGCCAGGUGAACAUGGCUCGCCACGUCCCUACUGGCCAGCUGGUGGCCGUCAAACAGACCAACCUGGACGAGUGCACCGAGGAGGAGCUGCUGCAGCUCAUGAAUGAGGUACUGCUGUCCCGUCUCUUCCGUCACCCCAACCUGCUGACUUCUCGCCUGGUUUUCAGCUCCUGCUGCCAGCUGUGGGUCCUGACACCGCUCAUGGCCUACGGUUCUGCAGAUACUUUACUGAGGACAUAUUUCCCAGAUGGAAUGAGUGAAUCCUUGAUAGCGUACCUGCUGUAUGGUGUGCUCAAAGCAUUGGAAUACCUGCACCGGAUGGGCUACAUUCACCGAGGGGUGAAGGCCAGUCAUAUCUUGCUGUCAGGGGAGGGGCGUGUUUACCUCUCAGGGCUCCACAGUGUUUACAGUAUGAUGCGUGAGGGCAAGAGGAUGAGGACCGUGUUCGACAUGCCCCACCACAGCCCGGCACUGCUGCCCUGGCUCAGCCCUGAACUACUGCGACAGGACCUGCACGGUUAUGGAGUGAAGUCAGACAUCUACAGUUUGGGCAUUGUGGCCUGUGAGCUAGUCAGCGGCAGGGUGCCUUUCCAGGACAUGCCACCCACUCAGAUGCUGCUUCAGAAGCUGCGCGGUUCCCACUGCUGCUUGCUGGACGUGGCUCCCUUCCCACUUGGAGAGCUGGGGGGUUUGAAGGUGUCGCGCUCUGGGGUGGACUCCGGCAUUGGGGAGAGUGUGGCCACGGGGAGCCUGACGCACAGCACCACCGCUCCUCCCACGGACCGACCUCAAAGCCCCGGACCCAAAAACCACUCUGCCACCCUCCACAACCUGGUCCAGCUGUGUCUGCAGCAGCAGCCUGAGCGCAGGCCAUCAGCAUCUGAGCUGCUGACCCACGCCUUCUUCAAGCAGGUGAAGAGGCACACCAGAGACUCCUUCCUCAGUCUCAUGUACCCAGCAGUGCCCCUCGCCAGUCCUGAGGACCCUCCAGUAUCCAGUCCCCCCACCCCUUCCUGUCACACUCCAGCGUCAGCCACCGCCGACUCCACCGAGGCCGUUUGGGAUUUCUCCUAACUGCAGCCUCUACACUUCCAUUGACUAGCAAGCCAAACAAAAGACAAUCAAAGCAAAGCAAUGAGGCCAAAUUCUACUGUGCUUUUAAUUUUUAUUAUUAACCCAACUCUCUGAGCCUUUUUAAAUCGUUUUUGUAGCUUUUUUUUUUUAUGUUUUUUGAAGGUGACUUUUUGGGUCACAGAGUGGUGAGGCAACUGUGAAAGUGCUGGAACAAAGAAGCUGCUCUGAUUUUAUAGUAACGAUAAUAAUGGACCGUCAGCGAGUGAAAGGAAUAAGAAAAAAACAAGUUGCUUGCUAAUAAUCACGCACUUCCUCUGAGAUAAAAGCCCCCCUGUAAACAGUUGUGCAUAUGUUUGUGCGCAUUUUGUUGUUUUUAAAAUGUUAUAUCCUUGUUUCCAUUUUUUUUUUCAGGUGGGUGACUCUGGUACAACCAAGAAGUUAUUUCUUAAUAGUAACCACUUUUUGUAAGAUAUCAUGUGUGUGUUGAAUUUUCUUUAAAGUGGACCUAUUAUGCUCUUUUACAGCUCCAUAGAGUUCCUCUGCAUGAUUCACAGUUCAAACUCUCCCUUAUUUGUGUCAUCCUGGGCUUUUGUGCUACCCCUCUGUUCAUGUUGUAUCUAAAAUUGACCAUUUCCAUUCUACUUAAGCCUAUUUUGUUCUGAUUGGCUGCCCUUCAUUAACUCCUCUGUGUUCACAACUGAACAGAAAAAAACAAAAUAGGUCCACUUUAAGGCACUGUGUUUUUAGACUGUGAAUAGUGAAAGGUACACUACGUGAGAUUUAAACAUAUGUGCAUAUAUAUUCAUCUGUGUUAGAAAUGUUCAAAUUCAGAGCUGAACGCAGAGGGGGAAAAUAUGCAUGGUCCUCCAAAACUUGCCUAAGAAUAAUCACAUUUUAAAGUUUUCUUCAGUGACAAAGUAAGUCAAUAGAAGUUGCCUUUAUACUCAUGGGUACACUGCAAACAGAAACUGCUAAUAUCUAAUCCGGCAAGCUUUUAACGGUUGUUUUGCUAAAGCAUAAAAAAUACUGUACAGCCAAAAAAAGGUUAGUCUGCAUACCAGUUAGCUUGCCUGUAGCGAGCUAGUUUGUUUCAUGGCAACUCUUUACUAAAUGUUUUGUUGACACCAAAUUUUAAGAAAAGUUCUUAAAUUGAGGCCUUGGUUAUUCCCUAAAAUUAUAUAUAUAUAUUGUUGACAUAUACUUAUUUUUUUAUAUUCAAAAAUUAAACUCUUUGGUUUUACCACAGGUUACAUUGUUUAAAGAACAGAACAACAAAACAACACAUCCACAAUCAGCUGUGUAAAUACAUUCCUGCUAUAGGCUUGAACAUAUAUGCACAUAGUGUUCCUGUAUAGUAUCCUUAAAACCUGUCAUACA